AUGUCGCAGUCACUGACGGAAGACUCGAAACGACGCAAGAAAGAUAACUCUGACGCAACUAUGAUCCCUGAGCACGGUGUUACACCCGCGUCCGGUAGCGGGCCCGACGCGAUGAGCUCCGCUGACGAGUUUCUCCCUCAGUUCGAUGGCGGCGUUGAGCGUGACGUGAGCCUUCUGGGCAAGUCCUACGACAUCAUAGCCAGAGAGGGCCACCGUUACCACGUCAAUGGGCUGGCUGAGUAUCAGGAAAUGUACCGUCGUAGCAUGGUCGACCCCGAAGGGUUCUGGGGUGACAUGGCGCGUCGUGAACUCCGUUGGAUGAGCCCCUUCUACCGCGUGUUCAGCGGCGGGUUCCAAGCGGCUGACUUCAGUUGGUUCCUGGGCGGAAAGCUGAACGCGUGCGACAACUGUGUCGACCGCUGGGCCGAAGAAAGACCCGACGUUGCUGCCAUCAUUUUCGAAGGUGACGACCCGAAGGAUAACCGGACGGUGACCUUCUACGAGCUCAAACAAAAUGUCUGUCGGGUGGCUAAUGUGCUAAAGCGGUAUGGCGUGAGGAAGGGUGACACCGUCACGCUCUACAUGGCAUGUGUUCCGGAGCUCGCCUUCGCCAUGCUGGCUUGCGCCCGCAUUGGGGCGAUACACAACGUGAUUUUCGGCGGAUUUUCAGCUGCCAGUGUCGGCGAACGAAUCAGAGACGCCAACUGCCAGGUAGUGGUCACAGUUGACGAGACCACGCGUGGGGGCAAGCGCAUUCCCAUGAAAAGCAUUGUGGACGAGGCGCUUAGGGACUGCCCAGAUGUGAGAUGCUGUUUCGUGUACUCUAAAACGGGUGACGAGGCGUAUUUUGUGAAGGGUCGUGACAUCUGGCUUGAGGAAGCACUCACCAGAGAGAGGCCGUACUGUCCGCCGGAGAUGAUGGACAGCGAAGACACACUGUUCUAUCUGUACACUUCGGGUUCUACUGGCAAACCGAAGGGUGUGGCUCACACGACGGGAGGAUACUUGCUGUACGCCCUUGCGACAACAAAGUACAUCUUUGACACAAGGCAGGGUGACAUCUUCGGCUGCAUGGCGGACCUGGGUUGGAUUACCGGGCACACCUACGUCGUUUAUGGCCCAUUGUUGAACGGAGUCACAACAUUCAUGUUCUCGUCACUGCCGAACUACCCUGAUCCCGGGCGCUACUGGCGCAUGAUAGAGCAGUACCGCAUAACGCAAUUCUAUACCGCGCCAACCGCCAUCCGUCUACUUAUGCGUUUCGGCGAUGAUUAUCCGGCGCGUUACGAUGUGAGUUCUGCGCGGGUCCUCGGCACAGUUGGCGAACCCAUUAACCCCGAAGCUUGGUUGUGGUACUACAACGUCGUAGGUCGCGCCCGCAGCACGAUUGUUGACACGUAUUGGCAAACGGAGACUGGAGGCAUCGUGAUUGCGCCCAUUCCCGGCGCCAUAAGAACCAAAGCUGGAUCGGCUACACUGCCGUUCUUCGGCAUUGAUGUCGGUCUAGUCGACGCCAAAACAGGCCAGGAGAUCCUUGGCAACGGUACCAGCGGACUUCUGGUACUGCGUAGGCCGUGGCCUGGUCUAUUUCGCACACUAUCUGGCAAUCAUCAGCGCGGGCUGGACGUGUACUUCACAAAGGUACCAGGUUGCUACCUCACCGGAGACGCUGCCUAUCGUGACGAUGAUGGCUACAUCUGGAUCAACGGCCGCGUAGACGACACACUCAACGUCUCCGGUCACCGCAUAGGUUCGGCUGAUAUCGAGCAUGCGCUGGUGCAGGUGGACUACGUGGCGGAGGCCGCCGCGGUUGCCUUCCCCCACCCCAUCAAGGGCCAGGCCAUUUUCUGUUUCGUGACACUUAAGGACUCCUGUAAUGUCACGGGAGACCAGAUGGUGCAAGAGUUACGCCAGUCGGUGCGCCGGCUUGUAGGGCCGUUCGCGACACCCGACAUCAUCACCGCCACCCCGAACAUGCCGAAAACACGCAGCGGGAAGAUCAUGCGCCGCAUUUUACGAAAGCUCGUCAGCAACCAAGCCGACGAACUUGGCGACAUUUCGACGCUCGCCGACCCGUCUGUUGUGGAGGGUCUCGUGGGGAUUUGCAGGGAUGCGCUAGACAAGUACAUGGCAAGUUUGAACGCCUGCAUGGCAAAAAAUUAG